CUUACGCCCUUCCUCUGAAGGCAACAUAGCCAUAAUGAUGAACCUUCAGGGCUUUCCCGACGAUAUCUUCACCUUGAUCAUUGAGCACUUGGUUGCUUCCAUCGGGAUUUUCAAAGCGGUUCGGCUCAGAGUAGUAAACAGAACAUUUAACUCUGCUAUUCUGCUUGCUAUCUGUACCAGCCAAGUUGUCGACAUCAAUGAUCCAGCUACACCAUUCUUGUACUGGUGGAUGCCGCAAUCACUUAAAGGGAAGAUCCUACUCGUAAAAUCUCGUUCUCAAGAAGCCGCAAAGGACAAAAUUCUCUCUGUUAUCGCCAGUGUCAAUCGGGCGCUGGACGACUUGACCCAACCAAAUGAGGAACGCCGAAUCGAACAGCAUCAAAUGAUUGCUGAGGCUGCUGCGGCUGCUCCUCUAGACAGGAACUAUGUGAUCAUGAUCAACGAACGAAAGCAAGAGUUCGACAUGAAAAUGGAAGCACAGAAUAUCUUGAGCGGUGCUAUUAUAAUCGGCAAUUUACCCCUCGUUAUGUCUCUGCUAACGAGAGAUUCUCCCGUCUUGGCUGAUGUCAACACGGAGAGCCCCUAUUUUGGCCGACCUUUACAGCUUGCUGCUGCCUGGGGUCAUCUUCAAAUCGUUCGCUAUCUUCUAGACUGUGGUGCUGAUCCUCACGAUGCCGAGAUAGGGGGGAACAGUAACUACUGGGAUCCAAGCGGGGAGCUGAGGCUUUGGGAUAGACACGUAUACCAAAGUUCAGUGGGAAGCGCGUUGCGAGCCGCAGUACUGGGAGGUCAUGAAGAAAUUGUCCGCCUGCUUCUGAAGCCUGAGUAUCGACUAUCUCCCUCCAAUGCGGAGUAUCUGCGAGCCAUUCUGGCUGCAGCCCGAGGUGGCCAUAUCCAUCUCAUACAUCUCCUUCUCCAAGUCACGGGCAAAACCUUGUGCGAACUCAAAGAGUUGGGAGAGGAAAUGCUCUGGGAGGCGGUACGCCAUAAUCAAGGAGACGUGGUGCAGAUGCUUCUGGAUAACGGUGUCAACGUCAACGCGGCGCCAUAUCCGAGCUGUAGGAUCUAUGGCUGUGCACUAGGCAUUGCCGCAUCACAAGGAUACGAACGGAUGGUUCGUCUUCUGUUAGAUCGCGGGGCAGAUGUGAAUCUUGAAGUCACCCCGCAUGGUCACCCCAUCGAGGGCGCUGCCCGUGGUGGACAUGAAGAAGUAGUAGAGCUACUACUUGAACAUGGAGCUAGCCCCGAGAGAGCUUUUGUACGCGCUGCGGACGGAGGGCAGUGGCGCUUAAUACGGCGGCUCUUGGACAAGGAAGUGAACUUCCAUGCAAAGAAAGGGAUUUAUGGGGGGACGAUUGGGAUGGAGGCACUUCAGAAGGCAAUUAUAGUGAAAAAUCCGACGGUGAUUUCCAUGUUAGUGGAUGCUGGUGUCCCACUCAAUGACAGUUUUCCGACUCCCGACGGACUCCCAAUGGUUCUCGCAAAAACGUGUGCAGCAGAAUGGAUAGUAGACCUUCUCCUCUCGCUGGGGGCCGAGGAUCGAGAAAUUGACCUUCAUUAUAGGUCAAACAAUUAUUCGGAGGAUCGCUAUGACCAACAGAUGGAGAGAGGAGGGGUCCGAAUCACCAAAAGAACGUGGGAAUGGGUUGGCAAGUAUUAAUGAUAUGGCGGUUUGUGAUUUACAGGUCAGGUAAAGGCGAGGCGUUCUUAUUUUCGGUAUGUUAUUUUGACUCACGGCUACCUUACAUUCAAUAGCAUUUAAGCUACUGAAACUUCACGUUUUGAAAGAGUACACCCACUCGUUGAUCAGGCAAUCAUUAGCGAAUCGCCC